CUGUGUGUGGGACUAGGGGCCCCGGGGGCGGCGGGGGCUCCCGGCGGGGGGCGGCGGUGGGUCGGGAGGGCCUGGACAUGGCGCUGAGGGGCCGCCCCGCGGGAAGAUGAAUAAGGGCUGGCUGGAGCUGGAGAGCGACCCUGGCCUCUUCACCCUCCUGGUGGAAGAUUUCGGUGUCAAAGGGGUGCAGGUGGAGGAGAUCUAUGACCUUCAGAGCAAAUGCCAGGGCCCCGUGUAUGGAUUCAUCUUCCUGUUCAAAUGGAUCGAAGAGCGCCGAUCCCGUCGCAAGGUCUCUACCUUGGUGGAUGAUACAUCUGUGAUUGAUGAUGAUAUUGUGAAUAACAUGUUCUUUGCCCACCAGCUGAUCCCCAACUCUUGUGCCACUCAUGCCCUGCUGAGCGUGCUCCUGAACUGCAGCAGUGUGGACCUGGGGCCCACCCUGAGUCGCAUGAAGGACUUCACCAAAGGCUUCAGCCCUGAGAGCAAAGGAUAUGCGAUUGGUAAUGCUCCAGAGUUGGCCAAGGCACAUAAUAGCCAUGCCAGGCCUGAGCCACGUCAUCUCCCCGAGAAGCAGAAUGGCCUUAGUGCCGUGCGGACCAUGGAGGCAUUCCACUUUGUCAGCUAUGUGCCUAUCACAGGCCGGCUUUUUGAGCUGGAUGGGCUGAAGGUUUACCCCAUUGACCAUGGGCCUUGGGGGGAGGAUGAGGAGUGGACAGACAAGGCCCGGAGGGUCAUCAUGGAGCGUAUCGGCCUCGCCACUGCAGGGGAGCCCUACCAUGACAUCCGCUUCAACCUGAUGGCGGUGGUGCCCGACCGCAGGAUCAAGUAUGAGGCCAGGCUGCACGUUCUGAAGGUGAACCGUCAGACAGUACUGGAGGCCCUGCAGCAGCUGAUUAGGGUAACGCAGCCAGAGCUGAUUCAGACCCACAAGUCUCAAGAGUCACAGUUGCCUGAAGAGACCAAACCAGUCAGCAGCAAGUCCCCUCUGGCCCUGGAAACAAGCAGGGCCCCAGCGGCCUCUGAGGGCACCCACACAGAUGGUGCGGAGGAGGUGGCUGGUUCGUGCCCACAAGCCCCGACCCACAGCCCUCCCAGCAAACCCAAGCUGGCGGUGAAGCCUCCAGGGAGCAGCAUCAAUGGUGUUCCCCCAAACCCCACUCCUAUCGUCCAGCGGCUGCCAGCCUUUCUGGACAAUCACAACUAUGCCAAGUCCCCCAUGCAGGAGGAGGAAGACCUGGCAGCAGGUGUGGGCCGCAGCCGAGUUCCAGUCCGCCCACCCCAGCAGUACUCAGACGACGAGGACGACUACGAGGACGAUGAGGAGGAUGACGUGCAGAACACCAACUCCGCCAUCAGGUAUAAGCGAAAGGGGCCGGGGAAACCAGGGCCAUUGAGUGGCUCUGGGGAUGGGCAGCUGUCGGUGCUGCAGCCCAACACCAUCAACGUCUUGGCCGAGAAGCUCAAAGAGUCCCAGAAAGACCUCUCAAUUCCUCUGUCCAUCAAGACAAGCAGCGGGGCCGGGAGUCCGGCUGUGGUAGUGCCCACACACUCACAGCCCUCGCCCACCCCCAGCAAUGAGAGCACUGACACAGCUUCUGAGAUCGGCAGCGCUUUCAAUUCGCCACUACGCUCGCCCAUCCGCUCGGCCAACCCCACGCGGCCUUCUAGCCCGGUCACCUCCCACAUCUCCAAGGUGCUUUUUGGAGAGGACGACAGCCUGCUGCGUGUUGACUGCAUACGCUACAAUCGUGCUGUACGUGACCUGGGUCCUGUCAUCAGCACGGGCCUGCUGCACCUGGCUGAGGACGGUGUACUGAGUCCUCUGGCGCUGACAGAGAGUGGGAAGGGUUCCUCACCUUCCAUCAGACCGAGCCAAGGCAGCCAGGGGUCUGGUAGCCCAGAGGAGAAAGAGGUGGUGGAGGCUGUGGAUAGCAGAGAGAAGCCUGGGCUGGUCAGGCCUAGUGAGCCCUUGAGCGGGGAGAAGUACUCACCCAAGGAGCUGCUGGCACUGCUGAAGUGUGUGGAGGCUGAGAUCGCAAACUAUGAGGCCUGCCUCAAGGAGGAGGUGGAGAAGAGGAAGAAGUUCAAGGUGGGCCCUCUCUCCAGCUGCCUGGUCCUCUGCCCUCCUGUCUUCCCAGAGAUCGACGACCAGAGAAGGACACACAACUACGAUGAGUUCAUCUGCACCUUCAUCUCCAUGCUGGCUCAGGAAGGCAUGCUGGCCAACCUGGUGGAGCAGAACAUCUCGGUGCGGCGGCGCCAGGGGGUCAGCAUUGGCCGACUCCACAAGCAGCGGAAGCCUGACCGGCGGAAACGCUCACGCCCCUACAAGGCCAAGCGCCAGUGAGGGCUGCUGGCCCUGACCCUGCUGCUCACUCUUGCCACACGGCCCUCACCAGGGCCCUCCCCUGCCCCACUCCCCCUCUUCCCAGUAUUACCGAAUAGUUCCAGUCAGAGAGCCCAGACCCUGGGAAUAGGAGCCAGGCCCUGGGAAUAGGA